AUGAUGACCGCGUCGCCGGAUUAUGCCAUAACGAAGCCGGGCAUGGCGCACUACCUGACACGGAAGCGCGACAAACCACUACGAACCUAUGGCAAACCCUGGACCGUGACGAAUUUUCCACGCGGCGGCGAACCAAUGCCGAAGAGAAUACGGCAGCUCGAGGAGAAUGAAACAGCGAGAGCCUGCACGAGGUCGAAAAAUGAUCCGGCGUUGGACGAGGCAGCUGUCGGUUCACAGGGCGCGGCAAGGCCCCGGAGGCCAACUGGGGAUGGCUCGAAACGCGCGACGAUCCUAGGCUACUUCCAACCAGUACCGCCACCAGGCCAGCAAGCUGUACAGUCGAGGGAAAAGGCGGAAAGCAAAGGCCAUGGGUCACCAUCGCGGAGCCAUACGAAGCGUAAGACCCGACUGCUCCGGCUUCGAGCCCCCUCGUCUCCACUGAGCGAUGGCCCCGACAGCACGACGACCGACAAUGACGGCAACGAGUCGAGAAAGCGAAAGUUGAGCGCCGAAAGCGAUGCGAGAGGUUGCAACGACGAACACAAAGGGACGAAACGAAAACGUCGCUUACAAGAGACGGGGGACACCUUCGCCAACCAAGCCUGUCUUGAUUUGGAGACGGUCAAGACGGCCAAAGGCAAGGCAGACUACGCGGCGAAAGUGAAGCGGGCUCCGUCGAUCCAAACGACGCUAAACAUAUCCACGCAACCCGCCUUUGCCGAGUGUCGCGUCUGCGAUACGGUGUGGAAUCCGCUCUACCCAGACGACGUCAAAUAUCACUCAAAGCGUCACGCCGUAGUGACGAGGGCACGGAGGAAGGCGGGUGGUGGAAUCUAG